AUGGAUAGUACGUACCUAGUUGAACCACUGUUGAUCGAGGAGCCUGAUGAAUCUUCAGUUGUCAAUGCAAUAAACGGAGUUGAGUAUUUAGUCCGUAGGAUAAAUGCCCACUGCUCAGACUCUCUUUCUUUCACGUUCACAAUCGACGGCAGAGGUCGCGAAGUUAAGUUCGUGGCUGCGUUCGAGAACAUUGAGGAGUAUGAGCCAGGAGAGUUUAUCUGUCGCUACAAAGGAAAGGGUAUAACUGUUGGAGCCGAUCCAGGCUAUGGAACCGAAGAAGACAAAUUUUUUGUAAAGGAACAUUUUUUUUGA